UGACAGAACCAAACAGUGUUGUAGAUACUGAACAGAGAAAGAGAGAGAUUCUGAAUUUUUAGAAAAUGGAGAAAGCAAUUGAAAGACAAAGAAUUCUUCUUGAACAUCUAAAUCCAAAUUCUUCAAAUUCUGUUUUCUCAUCCUCUCAUACUCAUCAAUCCACUGAUAUUUCUGCUUCAUUCUGUUCUGCUGGAGAAACAGGUGGAUCUGAAAAUGAUGUGGUGAUUGUAGCUGCAUAUCGUACGGCUAUUUGCAAAGCGAAGCGUGGGGGGUUCAAGGAUACUCUUUCGGAUGAUCUACUUGCUUCAGUUCUCAAGGCUGUGAUAGAGAAAACAAAUGUGGAACCUAGUGAAGUAGGAGACAUAGUUGUUGGCACAGUUUUAGGACCAGGAUCCGAAAGAGCAAUUGCGUGCAGAAUGGCAGCUUUUUACGCUGGUUUCCCUGAGACUGUGCCACUUCGAACUGUCAAUAGACAAUGUUCAUCCGGACUUCAAGCAGUAGCUGAUGUUGCUGCUUACAUAAAAGCUGGGUUCUAUGACAUUGGAAUUGGAGCUGGAGUGGAGUGUAUGUCACAAGAUAAUAUUUCAAGGAUCGUCAAAACUAGCUCAAAGGCGGAAAAUUUUGCACAAGCCCGGGACUGUCUUCUUCCGAUGGGACUCACUUCUGAGAAUGUCGUGCAACGUUAUGGUGUGACAAGGCAGGAGCAAGACCAGGCUGCUGUCGAGUCUCAUAGGCGCGCUGCAGCUGCAUCAGCUUCUGGUAAAUUCAAAGAAGAAAUCAUUCCGGUUUCUACUAAGAUUGUGGAUCCUAAAACUGGAGAGGAGAAGCAAAUUAUUGUUUCUGUUGAUGAUGGUAUCCGCCCAAACGCCAAUUUGGCUGAUCUCGCAAAACUUAAGCCUGCAUUCAAAAAAGACGGAACCACAACUGCAGGGAAUGCUAGCCAAGUUAGCGAUGGAGCUGCAGCAGUGCUCCUCAUGAAGAGAAGCAUCGCUGUGCAAAAGGGGCUUCCUAUUCUUGGAAUCUUCAGGAGUUUUUCUGCAGUUGGUGUAGAUCCAUCUGUCAUGGGAGUUGGUCCAGCUUUUGCUAUUCCAGCUGCGGUGAAAGCCGCUGGUCUCGAACUUGGUAACAUUGACUUGUUCGAAAUCAAUGAGGCCUUUGCAUCACAGUUUAUUUAUUCCAGCAAGAAAUUAGGACUUGAUCCAACAAAAGUCAAUGUCAAUGGUGGUGCCAUUGCUCUCGGACAUCCUUUAGGCGCCACAGGUGCACGCUGUGUAGCAACUUUGUUGAAUGAGAUGAAGCGUCGCGGGAAGGAUUGUCGCUAUGGUGUGAUCUCAAUGUGCAUAGGUUCUGGUAUGGGAGCUGCUGCAGUAUUUGAAAGAGGAGACUUUUGAGAAUUUAUAGAAGUUUAGAAUGGUUAGAAAAAUUAUCAAUCAUUUGUUACAAGUAUAUGCUUGAUCUAUGCAACAUUUGAAGUUGUGCAAAUGAAAUAAGGAAAACAGAAAAUUAAAAUAAAAGAAUAGAGUGGAACAUCAAUUCAUCAUAAUUCACUUUUAUCUAGAUGAAGUAAUUAAGUUGCUCCAUCUGUUGCUUUUUAUGUGUCCUUUUGAGGUUUUUGUACACUGAUCAAAGAAACUUGUUGUUUUGGAUUAAAUUAUGUUUUUUUUUAAA